AUGAUUGAGUUAAUCACAUACGUUGAUGUUCCAAAGUAACCAUUUCUUUUUUCAGCAAUAGGAAAUUAUUCGUAAAUAUUCAUAUCUUUCAAAUUAGUGAUAAUACUGCAGGAUGGGGAUUGAAAAAAAUUGAAGUUACUACAGGAUUUUGUCCUUCUUUCUGUUUAUUGUGUGAGGUAUCAUUUAAAUGCAAGACUUGUCAAGUUGGAUCCUAUAAGUAUAAAAAUAAUACUUGCAUAUACGGGUGUUCAGAACGAUAUUAAAAAAAAAAUGGGGCUGAUUGCUACGAUUUUGAUAAUGAAACACCUUGUAUCAACUUUCUAUAUAUUUAGAUUCUUAAUAUUUAAGUUUAGACUUUGUAGAUUUGGCACACGAUCCUGAAUAAUAUGCAGAAUAUAUAUUAAUUUCUUAAAAUGGGAACAAUUUUUUAAAAGGAUCAAAUAUAUACUAUUCUUUUUUAUAUUGGGAUUAUCUUAGGUAAAGAAUUUUUGGAGGUCCUCUCAUAUGGGGAUAGGCAAAGUUUGAAAGGACUCAUACUGUAGAUGACCCACAUCAUAGUAUCACCAUUGCAUUUUAUAUAUUAUAUGGGCCAGCAUUCCCUUCAGAUGGUUAAUUUAUUUAUUAAGUGGAAAAUAAUUCACCAGUUUCUAAAUCAACCGACAAUGUUAUUGGCUCAUAUUCUAAUGGUAUAAAAUAUGAUAGAGUAUAUGAAAGAAUAAAUCAUGAUACAACAAAAUUAACGAUAAAUUGGGAAUGCUUUGGAUAAAAUAAUGAACCAAUUAAUGCUUAUUGUGGUUUUUAUAAUUAUUAUGUUGCUGUUCAUAAAUGUUAACCAUAUUGUUUAAAAUGUUAAGACUAAAAUACUUGUACAUAAUGGAGCAGCGAUUAUGAUGCAAAUGUUGUUAAAUUCUCAUAAGAUUAAUGUUUAAUUAAUUAAUAUUUUGAUAAUGAUUCUUAUAGAUGUUUGGAUUGUCCAAUUUCAUGUUUAACUUGCACAUCUAAAAUAGAUUGUCAAACAUGUAAAUCUACCUAUAUUUAAACUAAAUUAGGAUGUAUUUGUAAAUUGAAUCAAUAUGAAGACUCGAAUCAAUGUUAAGAUUGUCCAAUUGAAUGUAAUUAAUGCUUAUAUCCAACAAACUGCUUAGAAUGUUUAUCUACAAACUAUAGAUAAUUAAAAAAUCAAUAAUGUAUUUGUAUUGAUGGAUACUAUCCAAUUUNUAAAAUUUUUAAUUAAUAAUACUUAUUUUGGUUCAAUUUAUAGAAAUGAAUCAGGAAUUUAAACACAUAAUAUAAAAAUCUAUUUAAACUAAUAAUAUGGUUCAUUCUAAAAUUAUUAAUCAAAUUAGAUGAUUGAGUUAAUCACAUACGUUGAUGUUCCAAAGUAACCAUUUCUUUUUUCAGCAAUAGGAAAUUAUUCGUAAAUAUUCAUAUCUUUCAAAUUAGUGAUAAUACUGCAGGAUGGGGAUUGAAAAAAAUUGAAGUUACUACAGGAUUUUGUCCUUCUUUCUGUUUAUUGUGUGAGGUAUCAUUUAAAUGCAAGACUUGUCAAGUUGGAUCCUAUAAGUAUAAAAAUAAUACUUGCAUAUACGGGUGUUCAGAACGAUAUUAAAAAAAAAAUGGGGCUGAUUGCUACGAUUUUGAUAAUGAAACACCUUGUAUCAACUUUCUAUAUAUUUAGAUUCUUAAUAUUUAAGUUUAGACUUUGUAGAUUUGGCACACGAUCCUGAAUAAUAUGCAGAAUAUAUAUUAAUUUCUUAAAAUGGGAACAAUUUUUUAAAAGGAUCAAAUAUAUACUAUUCUUUUUUAUAUUGGGAUUAUCUUAGGUAAAGAAUUUUUGGAGGUCCUCUCAUAUGGGGAUAGGCAAAGUUUGAAAGGACUCAUACUGUAGAUGACCCACAUCAUAGUAUCACCAUUGCAUUUUAUAUAUUAUAUGGGCCAGCAUUCCCUUCAGAUGGUUAAUUUAUUUAUUAAGUGGAAAAUAAUUCACCAGUUUCUAAAUCAACCGACAAUGUUAUUGGCUCAUAUUCUAAUGGUAUAAAAUAUGAUAGAGUAUAUGAAAGAAUAAAUCAUGAUACAACAAAAUUAACGAUAAAUUGGGAAUGCUUUGGAUAAAAUAAUGAACCAAUUAAUGCUUAUUGUGGUUUUUAUAAUUAUUAUGUUGCUGUUCAUAAAUGUUAACCAUAUUGUUUAAAAUGUUAAGACUAAAAUACUUGUACAUAAUGGAGCAGCGAUUAUGAUGCAAAUGUUGUUAAAUUCUCAUAAGAUUAAUGUUUAAUUAAUUAAUAUUUUGAUAAUGAUUCUUAUAGAUGUUUGGAUUGUCCAAUUUCAUGUUUAACUUGCACAUCUAAAAUAGAUUGUCAAACAUGUAAAUCUACCUAUAUUUAAACUAAAUUAGGAUGUAUUUGUAAAUUGAAUCAAUAUGAAGACUCGAAUCAAUGUUAAGAUUGUCCAAUUGAAUGUAAUUAAUGCUUAUAUCCAACAAACUGCUUAGAAUGUUUAUCUACAAACUAUAGAUAAUUAAAAAAUCAAUAAUGUAUUUGUAUUGAUGGAUACUAUCCAAUUUAAUUAAAUCCAAAAUGUGAAAGAUGCCAUUAAUUUUGUAAAACUUGCACUGGGCCUACUUUCAAUGAUUGCUUGACUUGCAAUGAUAUUGAUAAUAUUGAAAAUGUAGGAUCAACUUGUAGGUGUCCAAUAGGAUUAUUUUAUUAAUUAACAUCAAAAUCAUGUUUAUAGUGUCACCCAUCAUGUUAGGCUUGCUUUUAAGAGACAUUUGAUAGUUGUUUAACUUGUGAUGCAUCUUUAAAUAGAAUUUUAAAAGGACUAAAAUGUACAUGUGAGCCUGGUUAUUAUGAAUUAAAUAAUAUUUGUACAAGUAAUUAUAUUUUUAUAUAUUUUAGAUUGCCCAAAUACAGAAGAUGCUUUAUUAAGUUAAUGUUAUAAAUUAUGUAGUAAUAAUUAAUAAAUAUGGCAUACAAACACAUGUAAUUUUUGUGAUUCAGGAUUUCAUUUAAUUUCUGGAGAAUGCCAACCUAUCUGUGGAGAUUUAUAAAUUGUUGGAUAUGAAGAAUGCGAAGAUCAUAAUAAUAUUUUAGACGAUUUAUGUUAUAAUUGUUAAUUUUAAUGUCCAGUUCAUUGUUUAACAUGUGAUGAGUCAACUACUUUACCUUGUCCUGAUAUUUGCGGAGAUGGAAUUAUUACUGGAAUGGAAGAAUGUGAAGAUGGGAACACUAUUUAGUAUGAUGGAUGUUUUAAUUGUCAGUAUUAAUGUUAACUCUCCUGUACAAAAUGCAUUAAAGGAGAGUGUUUUGAAUGUAAUACUGGUGGAUUUUUUGUUGAUCCAACUGUUUAACCUUGGAGAUGUAAAGAAAGAUGUGGAGAUUAACUAAUAGUUGGAUAAGAAUAAUGUGAAGAUGGCAAUCAAGUUGAUACAGAUGGAUGCAAAGAUUGUAAAUAUUUCUGUAGAAUUGGAUGUUCUUCUUGUGAUUAUACUACUAAUACUUGUUUAAGUUGUGAAUUGCCUGGAUUUAUGCCUGAGAAGUUCUAUUGCAAAAAUAUUUGUGGAGAUAAAUAUGUAGUAGUAGAUCCAUAUGGAUUCUAUAAAGAGGAAUGCGAUGAUGGAAAUACAGAUAAUGAUGAUGGAUGCAAUAAUAAUUGUAGAUUUUAAUGUUAAUAAUCAUAAAUAUGCAAGAGUUGUAUUAAUAAUCGAUGUUAAGAAUGUGCCCCUGAAUAUUUCCUAUCUGAAGAUUAAGUAUGCAUUCCUAUUUGUGGAGAUUCAAAAAUAGCAAUUGGUGAGUAAUGUGAGGAUAUAUUUAUAUUACCUUAUAAGGGUUGUUAAAAUUGCAAAUCAAAAUGUUAGUCCUCUUGCAUUACUUGUGAUACUACUGGAAAGGGUUGUUUAGCUUGUAGGAAUGGUUACAGAAGAAUUGAUAAUUUAUGCUAUUCAAUAUGUGGAGACUAAAUAGUAACUGAAGAUGAGGAAUGUGAUGAUGGUAAUUUAAUAUUUGAAGAUGGUUGUAAUUAAUGUUCUUAUAGUUGCCCUAUUACUUGUUCAAAUUGUCACUAGGGUGUUUGUCAUGAUUGCUAUGAAGGUUACUCAUAUAUUAAUUAUUCAUGCGUUAAAAUUCUUAAAUAAGAACAUGAUCCAAGAUGUAAUUCUUUUUGUUUGAGCUGUAGUAUUGAAAGACAAGGUUGCUUGACUUGUUAGGUUGGAUUUGUUAAUAUCAAUGGUGUAUGCUAUCCUAAUUGUGGAGACUAAUUAGUUGUUUCUGGAGAAUAGUGUGACGAUGGUAAUUUAAUAUUUGAAGAUGGAUGCAUUAACUGUUCUUAUAGUUGCUCUAUGUCUUGUACAUAAUGUUAUCAAGGGUUUUGUAUGAAUUGUCCAAAAACUAGUUUAUUUUAUAAUCAAUAAUGUUUAGAAUUAAUAGAAAAUAUUUAUGAAAAGGAAUAUAAUAAUUUUUAAUUUUCAUAAUUAGCCAUAACUCAGGCCUUCACAACAACACCUAUUUAAACGAGUAGAAUUCAAAUGAAAAUCAUUGAAUUUGAUUAAUAAGUUUAUAAUUAGGUUGGUUAAUAUGCAGAAUUUAUGAAUUCAGGUUUUCCAUUUAUAAACAUAGAAAUCAAUAUCCAGUGCAUUUAGAAUAAGUAAGUUAAAAGUCACUUUAUUAAAUAUACUUAUGAGAAAGAAGUUAAUAAUGAAGAAAUAUUAUUUUCAUAUGGUUGUCACUAAACAUUAAACCAAGAUAUAACAUUCUCUUUUAAGUUAGAAAAAAUAGUGUUAAAAGAUGAAAUCUUGGUAAUUACUCUUUCUGAAGAUUAGUUGAAAUUAUCAUCUUUAAAAACAAAGUAUACACAAAGGCUUUUAUAUAUUACAUUUGAUGAUGUUUGA